ACUAUUUCGUGUUUUUACAUUUUCCCUUUACAUUUUUAAAGGAUCACCUGUUCUACUCGUGUAGUUGAAUAUAUUUUAUCUCAUGUGCAAACAUACACAACACAAUGUACAACAUAGCUGUAGUGGGCGGAGGCAUCAUUGGAGUGUCAACAGCUCUCAAUAUACAGAAACUUCUGCCAACGGCUAGAGUGAAAAUAAUCUCAGAAAAAUUCGGACAGGAAACCACCAGUUGGGGCGCUGGAGGAUUGUUUCGGCCAACCAGCAAAUUCAUUCAAGGAGUCCCAGAGGAGCAGAUAAAAAAAUGGUCCCGGGCCGGCUGGGAAUUUUAUUCUUCGUUAGCGGUGUCCGACAAGGCCAAAGAGACAGGAAUGCAGAUAGUUUCUGGUUACGUACUUAGUCAAACGAAGGUUGAGAAUGCAGUGUAUCAGGAUAUAGUGUACAGCUUUCACGAACUGAGUAGGGAGUCGCUUUUAAAACUUGGAUUUGGACAUUAUAACUUUGGCUACCAAGUUACAACAAUUAUUGCUGUAGUCAGGACGUACCUACCAUGGCUGUUUGAGAGAUUCAAAGAAAAUGGGGGACAAACUGAACAGAAGAGAAUUGAUGAUUUGAAUGAAUUGGUCGGUUUGUACGAUGUGGUUGUCAACUGUACUGGAUUUGGAAGUCGCAAUUUGUUAGGAGACACAUCCAUAUUUCCUGUUCGCGGCCAGUUACUCAGGGUGAUGGCUGCCGUGACAGUGAUUGGAGCGGGUGUCGUCGGCCUCUCUACCGCCGUCAACAUCCAGCGUAUGAUUCCUUCUGUCAGAGUUACUGUUGUAGCUGAGCAUGUAUCAGAAGGAACAACGAGUGUUGGAGCUGGCGCCAUCUUCAGGCCGACUGAAGACUAUCUUCCGGGUGUCGAUGUAGGAAAGGCCAAGAAAUGGAUACGGGAUGGAUGGACUCAUUUUUCCUCAUUGGCUUUGUCUGAACUCGCUAGUUCGGCGGGGGUCGCUAUAACACCUUCCUUUAUGUUAAGUAGGACAGAGAUCAAGGAUCCUCUGUAUAAAGAUGUCGUGUUCACAUUUCACGAAUUAAGCUCAGAUGAAAUGAGAAAACUAGGGUUUGACAAACAUUUCAAGUUUGGAUAUCUUGUUACAACAAUUGUGAUAACAACAAAAAUAUAUAUAGCGUGGCUUCUCAAAAGAUUUCUGGAAGGUGGCGGUAAAAUUGAACAGAGGCGAGUUUCGCAUAUAAAUGAGUUUAUAGGACAGGGCGACGUCGUUGUGAACUGUUCUGCCUUAGGAAGUCGCCAUCUGUUUGGAGACAAAAAGAUAUAUGCAAAUCGAGGCCAACUUGUGAGAGUAAAGGCGCCGUGGAUAAAGUACUGCAUUUAUACAGACAGCGAUGCAUAUAUCAUACCGAAUCAGGAUUUGGUAGCUGUAGGAGGCAGCAGAGGAGACCAUAACUAUGAUACUUGUGUCAGUGAUGCAGAUUCUAAAUCAAUGAUGGAGAGAUGUUGCGAAAUAUGUCCAUCCUUGAAGGCGGCAGAAAUUGAUCAUGAAUGGGUAGGACUGAGGCCUAUUCGCUCUCCUCUUAGAAUUGAAAAAGAAAUCAUCAAAUCAGACCGAGGACAGCUGAUUGUUAUUCACAACUACGGACAUUGUUCAGACGGCAUUGCUCUCAGUUGGGGGACCAGUAUCGAGGCUGCUAACUACGUCAGAGGCUGUUUAGAAUUGCAUUCCAAGUUAUGAUAAUCCUUCCACCACUCACCAGAAAGUCUAGCCGUGAUGAAAUUCGUGCUAUGACAAUAAACGCAUCUAUGGAGGAAUAUUUAUAUUUCUGUUUAAUGUCUCGCUAAUAAACUACUGGGACAUUCAA